GCCUCAGUUUCUGUUUCUGGGGACUGAAUUAAUCAACGGACAUCUUGGUGCUUGAUUUCUGCGGAAAGUCAAGUUUAAUGUUCGUAUGGAAUAAUAAAUUAAUUAAAUGCCUUAUUUGUUUAAAGAAAAAUUAUUAACUCGUUUCGAGCAUGUAUGGGUGUAUAAUUGAGUCAAAACGACGAUUUUAUAUAUGGUGACAGCACGUGCGGCUGCGUUUGGUGGUGCAAACUGACCUUACAUUUGGUCAGACCAAACAGACAAUGUUACCGACAGCGGGUCGACUCUCUAAAGUGCUGCAGCUCACCCUAGCGGUCAUCAAACCAGACGCUGUGGCUCAUCCUAUGAUGCUCGAGUCUCUCCAUCAGAGGAUCCUGGAAGACAACUUUCUCAUUGUAAGAUGCAAAGAUCUCAUAUGGAGCCAACAAGACUCUGAGCGCUUCUACGCCGAACACUCAGGGAGAUUCUUCUAUCAGAGACUUGUUGAGUUCAUGUCAAGUGGUCCAAUGCGGGCUUACAUUUUAGCCAGAGAGGACGCUAUCCAUCACUGGAGAGAGAUGAUGGGGCCAACGAAAGUCUUCAGAGCCCGAUACACCUCGCCUGCCUCCAUCAGGGCGCAGUUUGGACUCACAGACACAAGAAAUACAACCCAUGGCUCCGAUUCUGCAGAGUCGGCACAGAGAGAAAUCAACUUCUUCUUCCCGGACUUCUGUGUGGAGGAGUGGAUGGAGAAAGACGAGCUGUUGUUCAGAUCCAGACGUUUGGACUUUGACCAUGAAAAACAGAUCCAUACGCCUCAACUGAAGAGCUGACGUCCCAGCAGCAGCUGCUACAACAGCAUCUCAUCAACAACACAGUUCAAAGACAAGCAGUGUGAGGAUGUAUUGUCAUGGCUGCUGCCAGAAAUGAUGUCACACCUUUAUGUAAGUAUAUGUUUGUACAUUUUUUUGUUUGGUUCUCACGUGUGCCAAUGUAUUUUUGAUCUGUGCCUCGAUGUCAUGCACUCAAGAAAAAUAAAUCAAAUGUUUAUGUUUUUAUCUUUAAUGCCAUUACAAAAACACAGACAACUUAAAGGGACAACAACUUGACACAACAAAACCCAAAGUAGGAACACAGCGUUUACACCGUCCUCAGAAAACCUUGCCAAGACACUUGUCAUCCUGAGUCACACUGAGCUCGUGCUGUGAGUGUUUGUCAAAACAAUUAAUUUAUAAAAUAUUGUCAUCGUGAAAUACAGUGAUAUUUCACAGAAAAUUUACUGUAUUUCAAUUUUAAAAACCUUAAACACCGAGUGCAAAAAUGCCCAAACGCGGCUUGUGCUCCGUCACUGUUGCCGAGAUUGGCUGUGUUUAGGUCAGUAUGAAUCCGUGUGUUCAAUAGAAAAGUCAAGCCAUAUGUUUCCUAAUAAAGGAGCAUUCGCUCUGGAAAAAGA